UGCAUUCCCUCACCACCCUGUUCCGGUUUUCUCUCCCUCGAGCCUUAAGGGCCUCUCCUUUCUUACUUCCUGCUACCACAUACGUCGGCCUGAAAACCCAAGACACUCCAUCUCGUUCAUCCUCUAACAUGGCUCCUCUUGCAAACGGAAAGUCUUCAAAGAUGCACUCCAGUGUCAUCAUCAUUGGGUCGGGUCCUGCUGGCCACACUGCCGCCAUCUACCUCGCCCGUGCCAACCUCAACCCAGUCCUCUUCGAGGGCUUCCUCGCCAAUGGCUUCGCAGCCGGCGGUCAGCUCACCACCACCACCGAUGUUGAAAACUUCCCCGGAUUCCCCUCCGGCAUCCUCGGGCCUGAACUCAUGCAGAAGUUCCGCGAGCAGUCCAUCCGAUUUGGCACGCGCGUGAUCACCGAGACGGUGUCCAAGAUCGACCUCUCCCAGCGCCCCUUCCGCUACUGGCGCGAGGGCCAGGAGAGCGACGAGCCUGAGACGGCCGACACCGUCGUCAUCGCGACCGGCGCAAGCGCGAAGCGCCUUUCUCUCAAGGGCGAGGAUGACUAUUGGCAGAGCGGCAUCAGCGCAUGCGCAGUGUGCGACGGCGCAGUGCCCAUCUUCAGAAAUAAGCCAUUGGCUGUCAUCGGUGGCGGCGACUCGGCGGCUGAGGAAGCCACUUACCUCACGAAGUACGGCUCGCACGUCUAUGUCCUCGUUCGUCGCGGCGAGCUCCGCGCUUCGAAGAUCAUGGCUAAGCGUCUCAUGAACCACCCCAAGAUCACCAUCCUUUGGAACACAGUCGCGACCGAGUGCCUAGGCGACGGCAACCUGCUCAACAACCUGCGCAUCAAGAACAUAAAGACGGGCGAGGAGAAGGACCUCCCCGUGCGCGGCCUGUUCUACGCGAUCGGACACGAGCCCGCGACGUCGCUCGUCAGCUCGCAGCUCCAGACCGACUCGGACGGGUACAUUAUCACCAUCCCGGGCACGACGCAGACAAGCGUCAAGGGCGUGUUCGCAGCGGGCGACGUACAGGACAAGCGCUACCGCCAGGCGAUCACGAGUGCGGGAAGCGGGUGCAUGGCCGCGCUCGAGGUCGAGCGGCUGCUUACGGAGGAGGAGGAGGGUAUGGACGAGUAGAUACACAUAGAUUCUCGCAGGGACAUCAUUAGUGGUCAUCUGUAGGAUUAAUUUAUCCAGCAUUUUACCAUGGAAAUCUGUAUCGAUCCCAUCGG